ACAAAGGACUUGGGCAGAAACAAACGAGAAGCGGCGCGGAAGGAACUUCACGGUCCGACACUCCAGUCCCGAGCGGAGGGAUACGUUACCAUGGGAACGCCACGGCCUCGUUUAUAAACCUACGGCUUUCCCAGAGCCAUCCUGUCCCCCCCCUUUCCCUCAGCCUUUUUGCAGAUCCUCCUUCCAAACCCCCUACCUUUUCUCCCCUACCCCUUUUCAGCUUUGCCUAAUCUUGGAACCCUCAGGGCUCGUAAUCUCGGUACAGGUGCAUUAGACCGGCCUAUGAAAGGCUGUAAAAUUUAACCGCUGAUGUUGCAGCUGUCGCCGCUUUUCUGUUGGGGGACCUGGUCUAAUCUUCUACUCUGACCUGUGGGGCUGUUCAGAGGUAAUCGGGAGCGUGACCAGGAGUCAGACUCCACGAGCCCGCCAUUCUGAGUAACGAUCUUUGCACCCUAGGCCUCAGAAGGGGUGACGCGCCCCGGGACUCAGUACUCCCGUCCCCUUCGACUUUCCUACCCCUUCUGAACCAGUCACCAAUUUGUUACCAGCAAGCAGGACCAAUCCUUGGCUUGGCUUUGCUAACCUCAGGAAAAGCAGAUGCCAAUAUCCUAAUGCUGCAUCUCACAGCUGGUCAUUUGUUUACCUCACUUUUGAGAGCAGCACUUCAGACUGAGCUUGGUGUGAAAGAAGAGAGUCUGGUCAGAAGAGCACAGCUAGCCUUACUACAACCAUAUCGCGCCGCUGCAGGUAUUUCCACCUCUAAGCGGGGAAGCAAAUAUGCCUCUUGUUCUGAGGAAAAGAGGAAAGGAUCAAGAAGACAAAUUAAAUAUGUCACUUACUCAAAGUGAAAGAGAAGCUGACAAGGAGGUCAAGUUAAGAAGAUCACUUCCUAAAAGAGAAAGUGUUCAGGAUGACAAGUUUGAAGAUGCCCAUGAAAUUAUCCCUGUGACAACAACAAUGAAUCUAGUGUCUUCCCUGGAAGAAUGUACAACCGGAUUGUACUUAUUUCUAAAUAACAGAUUCUCAACUGCAAUAAAUCUCAUUCACCCGUGGUCUAAAAACAGUAUAUACCAUGCCCUAAUAUACAGUAUGCUUAUGGUGGUCAAGGCCAUCCUGACUUUUGAUCCACAAGAUAUACAGAUUGGAAUGACUGCUGCAAAGGAAGCUUUGAAAACCUGUAAUGGGUUCCGAAAAAAAACAAGGAUAAUGUCUUUAUCUCACCUACUGAGCAGACAGGGAAUAAAUGCUGUCACAGGAGAGAAAUUGCAUGCCGAAGUCUGCUACGCUGAGCGUUUGGUCUUGAAAGCUGCCAUAACAUUUAUACAGGGUGACAGCUUGCUUGGUUUUGUUAAAAGCGGGAUAAACAUUGAGACAAGUUACCAAAUAUACAAAGAUUGUCAACAGAUAGUAACGUUUAUGUCCAACUACCAAAGCAAAGCCCACAGACACCUGGUGGGAGGAAUCAAAUUUGGAUUUGGAGCAUGCAAUUUGAUGUUAUCACUUGUUCCACCAAGGACACUUAAACUUCUCAAUGUCAUUGGAUAUUCUGGUGACAGAGAGGUAGGCUUGGCUUUGCUUCAUGAGAGUGCAUCUGAACCCCAUAUAAAUAAUAUUUUAAGCGUUUUGACGCUACUCUUUUAUUACAAUUACAUUUAUGUAGCUUUUGGUGUUGAAAAUGUUUCCAGUUCUGCUACACAGAAUCUCCUCCUAACCUGCCUGCAGAAGUUUCUAAACUCUGUUAUACUUAAAUUUUUUCAUGCACAUGUUAGUAUGUUGAGAGGAAAUUUUGAAAAGGCACAGCUAAAAUUACAGGACUGCAUUUCUAUUCAGAGUGAAUGGAAGCAGGUUCACCACCUCUGCUACUGGGAACUCAUGUGGUGCCAUGUUUUUCUGCAGAACUGGAGGCAGGCUUACCACUGUGCCCACCUGCUGUACCUACAUAGCAGGUGGUCCAAGGCCACCUACGUGUAUGGGAAAGCUGUGAUACUGGCUUUGCUUCCUUCUGAUUUUGUGAGAUCAGUAAAAGAGGACACUAACUCUCUCUUCUUAAAUGUGGAUAGCCUAAGAAUCAAAAUUUUAGGCACUUCUGUGCCAAUAGAACAGUUUGUUGCUGAGAAAAGGCAGUGCUAUGGUACGACUUUGGGCUGGUUUACAGCACAGCCCCUUCUGGAAUUCAUUUAUGCCUGGAGUGGAUUCCGAAUCAUGUGCAAAAGGCUAGAGCUUAUUUCAAGCUGGCUGUCCAUAAUUGACAGAGGAAAAGACCUUUUGCAAGAAAAUCCAAAGGAUGAGUACGGCACAGAUGAUGUAAGUUUGUUAAAUUUGUUGAAAGGUCUGUGCCUGAAGCACUUAGGCAAAUAUCUGAAGGCUGAACACUACUUUAACUGUGUUAUUCAGAAGGAGAGAUCGUUAAAAUAUGACCACGACUUGGUGCCAUACACACACUAUGAACUGGGAAUGCUACUAAGAGGAGAUUAUGUUAGUGCAACGAAAAGCCUAGACAACAUAAAGAACUACAAAGACUACCCCAUGGAAGCACGCUUACAGUUCCAGGCUCAUAUAGCCCUGGAGCAAAUAGCCAAAGAAAGGUGAUUUAAACACAAAGGUGCUAAAAAAACCCAAAAAACAAAAAAACCACAAAGGUGCUUUCAGUUUAAUAUGAGUGAAAUAUCCACAGUCAGCAAGAUAAUGAGCAGGUAGAAAAAUCUUUUCUUUGUGGGAAAAAAAUCCAUGGGGCGGCUGCUAAGCAUCUGAUCAGUAGCAAGUAAGGAAGGAACUGGCUAUUUCUUUUCCCUCUUUCCUUUUCCUUGCCUGUAAAAUACAUGGCUUACACUGGUAAAUGGAGUGAUGUGUGUGUGUGUGUGUGUGUGUGUGUGUGUGUGUGUUUUAAAGGUAAAUCAUGUACAUUACAAAACAUUCUCUCUUACAAGCUGUGAAUUUAUUAUGUUAAUGUUUUCAAAACCUCAG